UCCUCCAGGCGGCCUCCAUCGGGUCCUCCGCCUUCGGCAGGGAGGGCUGGCCGAGGGGGCCGCUGCGGCCUCCUCCUCGUCGUCCUCCUCGUCGUCGUCCUCCUCCUCUUCUUCUUCUUCUUCCUCUUCCUCCUCCUCGUCGUCGUCGUCCGGACAUCGCGCAGCGCGCAGUGUUGCUGCCGCCGGCGCCGUGCGGCGGGGGCUCCCCGCGGCCCCGGCCAUGCCCGCCCCCCGCCAUGGAGGAGCCCCUCGGCCCCGCCCUCAGCGGCCAGGACAAGGCCAAGCUAAAGGAAAAACUAGACAUACUGAAGAAAGAAUACAGCCGGACACUGGCCAAAUUGCAACGUGCUCAAAGUGCUGAAAGGAUUAAGAGCUAUGUUAAGAAAACCAUUGCAAAACAGAAUUUCUUGCUCAGUCAGGAGAGAACACAGUUGGACCAUUCAGAACCAACAGAACCAAAGCCUCUUUGUGGCGAAUCGGACAUAGGUGCACCUCAAACCACUGCCAGCCUCGGAUCAGAAUGCAAGAAAAAAAACUGUGUUUCAUUUAAACUCGAACCUGAACUCUUGCGAAAUGAAGGGGGUUUGCUGGAAAGGUCGUGUUCACAAGGUGCAGUUGAAGGUGAUGGCGAUGUGCAAAAGAGACUCUCAUGCGUCAGCGUCCCUGAAGCUAAGAACGAGCUUCCAAGAAAUAAACUGAAGCGGAAAAAGAGAGCCCUAGAAAAAGAGAGAGAACCUUCAUGUCAUCCAAGAUCACAACUAAAGGCUGGGGAAAGAUGGCUAGAACAAGGGUUUGCCCUAAACAAUCCCGAAUCCUCAGGAUUUCCGAGAAAUACUUUUUCAAACGACGGAAGUAGGAUUCAGAACUCUCCCUUGCCGUCUCCAGAAAUGGGUGAAGGAAGCGUUUGUACCCCAAAAGCUAAGGAAUCGGAAAGCGAUGUCGGCGGAAUGCCAAAAGAAAGUAUCUCCCUCAGUAUGGUUGUGGUGCCGUUACGUACUCGGUUACAAAGCAGUGAAAAUCAACAACUUGGAGAUCAGCCCCCUGAAGGUCUGUGUGAUGAGAAUGAAUGGCUUCCUGAGGGUUCAAUGGAGAUGACUUCUACUUCGCUUUUAAAUUUGGGGGAUGCAGAGAGACAAUUUGCCUCCCAUCCAACUUACCAAAAGGGAAAUGAGGAGGGGAGCACAGCUGAACAGCAGCCUAGUACUUCUAACUUUCCAGGAGGUGAUAAAUCAGUUCCCGUCGAUGGCAGUGGUGAUGUAUUAUCAAAUAAAAACCCAACCCUGGAAGAACUGCAUCACAACCAUAGGUGUUCAGGUCUUCCCACUGACUCUCCAUCAGGUGGAGAGAACCUUCCGGAGAAGGAAGAGCCCCUAAGUUCACGUUCCGGCGUGGAAGUGCCCGCUGCCGUUGCAGUAAGCUCGUUAAAUUCGUGCACGGUGCUUGAGGGCCUUCUCUUUCCCGUGGAGUACUAUGUUCGGACGACACGAAGGAUGUCAAAUCGCCAGAGGACGUUAGACCUCGAAGCUGUAAUUCAGAGCCAGUUGGGCAUAAGCAGGAAAGGACUUAAAUGUAAAGGUCAGCCUCUGAAUAAAAAAUUAGACCAGUCCGGUCAAGAAACAGCUAAAAGAGAUCCUCCAUUGUCCGACAGUCAGGAAGGCCACGUGAGUUCUGGAAGUCCUUCCCAAAAAUCUCUCUCCCCGACCGGCGAUGGCAACCUUUCUGCUGAGCCUUCUAAGGGCAGCGGACUCGCCCUUCCUGCAGACAAGAAACAGCCCCAAAGGCAAGAUAAAGGGAAAAGAAGAUCUUGGAAGACUGGUGUCCAAGCCCAAGCAAAAGGGAAGCCAGGGAGCUGUCUAAAAGCAAACUCUCUCUGCUUCAGGAGCACUGGCUGCUUGGAUUUGGAUCCCACCAACGCCGCAACUGACUUUCACCUCGAUAUGCUCAAUCUCAAGAAGCUGUCUUCCUCCCUCACUGUCUCAGACUUCCACUUACCCGACGAAGAGUUCGGUUUCCUUAAGCUCGAGAAAUUAAAAUCCUCCACCAAACAAACUGAGCCUCCGAAAGCAGGGGUGGGAGCGAGACGGCAAGGUGGUGCCGGAGAGAGUGCCAUUUUGGAGGACCUGUUGCUUAAGCGAGUCACUGAUCACAAGAGAAAGGAUCUUAUUACUCGGCCCGAGGACUCCCAGCCUCCAGUUCCAAACGUAAGAGGCCAAGCGGAGGAAAAGGGACGGUCUUCAACCGUUUUACUUUUGACCCCUCCGGCAACGGUUCUUCCAGGUACAGACGGGCAACCUGAGGCACAUGUAGGUACCCCUGUUUUCCCCAUUGUGGGUGUUACUCCGGGUUUUGCCUCCCCCACAAACUGUGAAAACGUCGCCACGGAGGUAAGGGGACCAGAUGCUUCUUGCACAACCUCACCACCUUGCUUGACCACGCCAGUCCGUCCUUUGGAGAACAGAAGCCCGUGCUCCUCCGGCGCCUCGGGCGUGGGGAUCCAGCCCCGGGAUCAAGGACGAUCCAUCGGAAUCACACUUCGUUGUGGAAAGCGGAACGGCAGCGACUCUGGCCCCGAAGAAACCGCUCCUCCCAUUGACUCGAUCAUCUCCCAAGAGAGUCAGAUUCCAGGGACUGAUUUCCAGGGGUCGUGUCAGGACACCCUCAAACAGGCAAAAAGAAUAGAACCUGUCUUUAAUACCUGUUUUGAAGGUGGGCAACAGUGCAAUCUACAGUUGACUUCAGAAUUAAAGAAUCCUUCUAGUUCCUGCUCCGUGGAUGUGAGCACUAUAUGGUGGGAAGUAGCUGGCUGUAAAAAGUUGUGCAUCCUAACUGCUUCUGAGGCUACAGUUUCACUUUGGAAACCUCAAGAUCUGCAGGAAUGGGAAAAAGUUUAUACUUGGCAGUUUACAGAGAUUCCAGUGAUUCAAAUUGUUCCUCUGCCAGAUGCUUGUAAUCUUGUGUGUGUGGCUUUGGGGAAUUUGGAAAUCAGAGAAAUCAAAGCACUGCUGUAUUCUGCUGAGGAUAAGUGCCUGCAGCAACUGCGAGUGAAAGCUGGGACCAUCAAAGCAGUAGCCGGCCUGCAGCACAGGAGAUUGGUCAGCAGCUGGGGGCCACUGCACAGUCGACAAGUAGAGCUGGUGAUGUUAUCAGAAGCAGGAAGAAGGAAAGAAAAGCUGGCUCUGAUGCCCCCGGAAGAAACCAUUCUGGCUUUUGCUGAGGUCCAGGGGAUGCAACAGGCUUUGGUUGGCACCACAGUAAUGAACAACUUGGUCGUUUGGAACUUAAAAACCGGCCAGCUUCUGAAGAAGGUGUCCAUCGGUAAUUCUUACCCAGCUUCCAUCUGCCAUAAGGCCUACUCUGACAUGGGGCUUCUGUUUGUUGUCUUAAGUCAUCCCCAUGCCCAAGAAAAUGAGUCGUCAGGAAAUCCUGCGUUUCAGAUGAUUGCGAUUAAUCCCAGGACAGCCCUGAGCAUUGGUGUCAUGGCCUACUGUCUACCUCAUGGACAGGCUGGAAGGUUCCUGGAAGGUGAAGUGAAAGGUCAUUCGGCAGCAGCUGUGCUGACCUCUGGGACGAUUGCUGUUUGGGACUUGUUUCUCGGACAUUGCACCGCUCUGCUGCCUCCCAAGGCCGACGGACAUUGGUCGCUUGUCAAAUGGUCAAAUACGGACUCCUGUCUGCUGGCUGGACAGAAGGAUGGAAGCGUGUUUCUUUAUAGUUGUGUAGAAGCUCUGCCAAAAGGAAAACAAAUGGAUCCGUGAAGACUCGUAAAGAGCCUUUUCUCCUUUUGGAAAGGUGACUGUAAAGGAAAAUGACAGUUGUUGGCACUGUCAGAUGCCCAGAGCAGGAGUGGAUUUCCUGUCUCCGAUCUCGCUCCCCACCUGAGGUAGCUUCGCUUUUUGGAUUCCGACAGACUUGGUUAAGGGGAGGAGGAACUACUGACGGGGAAUGUUUCGUGAAUGCUGGUAUUUUUAAUAUAAAGAAUCGAUGUUUGUCAAACCCACUGGUCUACUUAUUUGCACACUCGUUUAUGGGGUCCAUAGUCAGUUGACUCGAAUUCUCUGCCACUUUUAUGACGAAAUGUCCCUGGUUUGUAUCUUAAAGUUUUUUCUAUUUAAUAAGAUGUUUGAUUAAAAUCUAUUUCGGAAGCUCUA